AUGAGUUCAAGACCUCCCCAAAGUGGUGGGCCUAGUCCCACCCCCUCGAAAGGACCUGAUCGCCAAGGAUCCGUGAAGAGAGCAAGACAGCUGCUGGAAGCCGGUGUUCGUCCAACUCCAGUACCGGCGCCGAUGCCCAGACCUCCUCCUCCCUCAGGUCGACCAUCGCCCGCUGCAAGAAAUCUCGCCCACCAGACCCAAUGGCCUCUUCCUGAUUCGGGUCUUCCUCCUCGUCCCUUGCAGCCUCAGCCUCUGAAUCCGCAGCAUCCACGGUACCUAAUGCCCCGUGGCCCUCCGCCGUUCCGGCCACCACGACCCAGCGAAGUUCCCUCGCAAGUUCCCUCUCCUUCGAUUUACUCUGUACGCAGUGGUGUAGACUCGGAGACAAAUUCGGUUUAUCCCAUGCUGCAUGCCCGCUCUUUCUCCCACCCCAAACCGCUCUUCGUGCAACACCCACAGCACGCACGCUCAUUUACGCAUGACGGACCUGUGAGCCCAACUAGUACUGUGGACUUGACCCCUCGCAUCUCCAUUGCCACAGAUGAGCUAUUCCACCGCCAAUCGACUGCUUCUGGCUCGUCUUCGGCUCCCGAUGUGCCGCCAAUUCCCCUUCCUGAACCGCCUUACCCGCAUGAUAGCUCUCGUCAACGUGCUGCAGGUCUUGCACCCCCACCAAGCGUUCGCAAAUCCGCAGUGUCUCCAAUCCCCGAGGAGUUCCCAAACCCCCGUCAGACUCUAGGCUCGCUAGCUUCUAGCCGCGUCAUUCCAUCCAGCUGGGGAUCUGGUCCACCCGAGUCUGAAAUCCUAGGCGCGUAUCUCGAUAAUGAGUCGGAAGACGAGGACAGCCACCAUACCCAUCAAGAAGCAGAUGUCACACUCGUCCGGAAUGCCAGUCUCGGCAAGCGCGGCAAGCCCACCAUGCGAACAAUCAUGAAGUCGAAUCCCAACUCCGAGAUAGACCCCAUCCCCGACGUGCCCUCCUCCAACCCCAAAGAUGAGUAUCAGCGGCAACAUGCAGCCGCCGAGACAGCUGGCGGGCUUGCAAUCGGCACUGCAAUCAGUCAGGUUCUUCAUGCUCCAAGCACGGGGCGCCGGACAUCUGUCUCAACAGGAUCGGAUGAGUCCUGCGUGGACCCUGAGAAACCACGCUUCGCACAGCAACACGAUCACCCGGUAUACAAUUCGGCUUUGGAGAAGGAGCUUGAGGUUCUGCCCAAGGCUGCCCCGACCAUGAGUGAUAAGCGACCCGGUGGCAAGAAGCCUCCUCGUCUGGACAUGAACGCUGUCCGCGAUGCCGAGGCGCGCGGCAGUUUGUCCAGCUUGUCUGAUUUGAUUCGACGCGCCACCAAGCUAGCUUCUAAUCUCGACCGGGGGAAGACUGCUAGUCGGUGUGAUAUGCUAGGACAAGAUGCUGACCUUAAGGCUGCAUUGGGUGAGCCAGGCCGCCGACGCGGGUCCGGUUCUAUAUCCGAUAUCCUCACAUCUUUCCCUCGACCAGGCUUUCAAACGCCGGAGGGCCGCAGCUCAUGGCCCGUAUUCUUCGGUCGAUCUGGUCUGCGCAACGUGGAGCCCCUCCACUCCAAUGACGAGGAUCCAAAUGCCAAACGACCUGCGCGGAAGUGCUGCGGCAUGCCACGUAAAUGGUUCGUCCUGCUAUGCAUCCUCCUCUUUAUCAUCGUGGUGCUCGCCAUUCUGCUCCCAGUUUUCCUCGUCGCGAUACCGAAGCAAAAUCACAGCAACACAAAUUCCUGCGCAACCACAAACCCUUGCCAAAACGGCGGUGUGAGUGUGUCCAGUGGCUCAGAGUGCUCGUGUGUGUGCUCGAACGGAUACACGGGCUCACAGUGCACCGUGUCUGGAGACAGUAGCUGUGUUACCUCUGAGGUGGAGAAUGGCACGAUUAGCAAGAACGCUACGAUGGGUAGUGGCCUGCCAAAUGUGUUCAGUGCAUCGUCGAGUAAAUUCAAUAUCACCCUGGACUCGGUGACCAUCAUGGCGUUGUUCAGCAUGAACAACGUCUCCUGCAAGACGGAGAAUGCGCUCGUCACGUUUGACGUCCCGACUAGCAGCAGCAAAACCCGCCGCGCCGUCUCUCUGCCUGUGGACCUACCUGAAUCCGCAGACGAGGAGGCUGCCCCAUCAUCUGCACUCGACUCGACCACGCCCACUCCAGUCCUGGGCCCGCGGUCAGUGGCUACCUCGAACGGAAUCCUCUACGACAACGCCGCCGCGGCCAGUGCGACCAGUACCGGAUCUACGGCGAAGGCCACGACCACGUCCAUCCCAGCCUCGUCAAAUAGUACCACUCCCAGCACCAGCGCCAGUACCAGCACCAGCGUGCCGACGGAAGUUGUCGAAUUCUCACAGGUCGCAGUCCUGUAUAUCCUAGAAAAGACCGGAUCCCUUACAUCGGCGAUGUGGUCCGAGGGCCAGAUCCAGACGUACCUAAGCGACUCGUAUGUCAACGCGACACAUCCGACGCUGCAGUUGAUGGGCUCGUAUGGACUGGACUUUGAGAAGAAGACUAUUACGCUGCGCAAUGGGACGGUGGUUAGCUGA